AUGGAGUUCGAUACAUUCCCUGCACAACAGUACAGCACCAACGACGCGACGUCGUUUGCCCACACGUCGGCGCGCUCGCGAUGGCCCAUUAUCAUCACCCAAGGCAUUGACGACGUGCACCGCUCCCUGCACGACACCAAAGACGAAGCGGCCAUCACCGAAGGCAAAUGGGUUGUUGCAGAGCUUGCCAAGUUAAAAUACGAACUCCAACACGACCGCGAGCUGACCCCGAUUCCCGAUGACGGCGAGCGCGAUGUCGACGCCUACAACAAGGAGUUGGCUGCAAGGGGCAAUCCCAAGUGGCACAAUGUGCCAUGGCUGUACUCGGAGUGCUAUCUCUACAGACGCAUCUCGAGCAUCUUUAAGCAGACCAAGAAUUGGCGGUCGUACGACCUCUUCGCCCGCCAGAAGAUGGCCACAUUCAAAUCCUCCCGUCCCGCCGUUCUCGAACUCGCCGCGCGCUACAAGGACAUCGUCAUGGAGCUCGAGCAGAAGAAGACAAUAAAAGGUGCCGAGACACAGGAGCAGCUCGAGGCCGCCGAGAAGGUCCUCUUCACAGAGAUGUGCGAGAUCUGCCUCUGGGGCAAUGCGACAGAUCUGUCGCUCCUGACGAACCUCUCAUACGAGGAUAUCCAGAAGCUGCAAGGAUCCGAGGCAAGAAAGAACUCUGAGAAGAAUAUUUUGGUCAACGACCUAGGCAAGGCAUUCGAGAUACUCACGUCAGCUCAGAAAGAGGGCAAGAAAGAGCGCCGCGUCGAUAUCGUGCUGGACAACGCAGGUUUCGAGCUCUUUGUUGAUCUGAUCCUCGCCGGCUAUCUCAUAGCUUCUGGCCUUGCGACAAACGUUGUGUUCCACCCCAAGUCCAUCCCUUGGUUCGUCUCAGAUGUUCUACCAGCGGACUUCGGCGCUCUUCUCUCCGCAUUAGCCGACCCCCAGAGCUUCUACAGUGCGCUCACCGAAGAUGAGAAGCACGCUGGAAAGGAAGCUGUGCCAUUGUCGGAAGCGGAAAGCGAGGCUUUGCAGUUCCUUUUCCAGCAUUGGAGCACUCUGCAUGCCGAGGGUCAGCUGAUGCUGCGGCCGAACGACUUUUGGACUGCAGGCGGUAGCUAUUGGCGGCUUCCCAAGACAGAGCCGGAACUUUAUGAAGAUCUCAAGGAAAGUGAGCUUGUCAUCUUCAAAGGCGAUCUGAACUAUCGCAAGCUGACUGCUGAUGCUGCUUGGCCUGCUACCACGCCGUUUACCGACGCCAUCGGGCCCAUGGGCCCGGGCUCAGGUCUCCGCGUUCUCGCGCUCCGCACCUGCAAGGCCGACGUCGUGGUCGGGCUCGCCGACGGGGAAGAUGAGCGCAUAAAAGCUAUGGAAGGGGGUGGUGGAGACAGUGGGUCGAGGAAGUGGGCAUGGAGUGGCAAGUGGGCUGUCGUUCAGUUCUCGGAUGGAAAGGCCUAG